UCUUGUUAAGAAGAUUUUUUUUCUUUUCCUUUUUUUUUUAGAAGUUUUUAUGUGAGAGAAAACUAGAACAGAAGAGAACCCACCACCUUUGCAUGUAUCUUACAUGAACAAAGGAAAUUAAAGACUGGUCAAGAGAGAGAAGAAAAUUAAAGCUGAAAUAAUAUAUGGGUUCGUCAACAAAAUUGGUUGGGAAUAACAAUAACUAUGAUUACUCUUUUAAGAUACUUUUGAUUGGUGAUUCUGGUGUUGGCAAGAGCAGUAUUCUUCUUAGUUUCAUCUCCAAUUCUCUUCAUCAUGACCUUUCUCCAACUAUUGGUGUUGAUUUUAAGAUGAAGCUGUUAUCGGUAGGCGGGAAAAUAUUGAAGCUUACAAUAUGGGACACCGCGGGACAGGAAAGGUUCGGCACAGUAAUAAGCUCUUAUUACAGAGGUGCACACGGAAUCAUUCUUGUUUAUGACGUUACACGGCGAGAAACCUUCACAAACUUAUUGAAUAUAUGGGCAAAAGAGGUGGAGCUCUACUCAAGUAACCCAGAAUGUAUCAAAAUCCUAGUUGGAAACAAAGUUGACAAGGAUAAGGAUAGGGCAGUAACUAGAGAUGAGGGGAUUGCUCUUGCACAAGAGCACAAGUGUUUGUUUCUUGAAUGUAGUGCUAAAACAAGGGAGAAUGUUCAACAAUGCUUUAAAGAUCUCGUGCUAAAGAUACUGGAAGUACCAAGUUUGCUGGAAAAUGGAUCUUCAGUAGUGAAGAGACAAGCAAUGAAGCAGAAACAAGAAUACCAAUCACCUCGUGGCGGCCGUUGCUGCCUUCACUAAAAAGCGAAAGCGAAAGGCCUAAAAAAAUGGCAAAAAGUGGCAAUUGGGUGUUUUAUUCUUCGCAGUGAAUUAGUCUAGAUGGCCAUGUUCUUCAAAAGCUUUUUGGAGCAGUUGUCAUUAUUUCCAUUACAGUUUUGGUGCAUUUUGGGUCAAUACAUUUGUUAAGCUUGUACAUAUAUGUUUCUUUAGUCAAAUUUUAUCUCUGUAGAGAGUCUGGUUUGUUAUAUUGGUUAUUAUGGACAUUUGGGAGAGUACACAGAAUUCAUGGGGGUGAAUAAAACCAACACAACAAUGUUUUUGCAUCCA